GUUAUUGUGAUCGUACUGUAUGUACAUGCAGGUGUGUGAUAGUCACAAUGUUCAGCUUGUACAAAUUAUGGCCUAUACUGGGUCUUCUCAAUGGGCUGAGCAACUGGAUACCAGUGGCAGAAAGUCAGGAAGCCUUGCGAAGGGAAGAUGUGGGUUCUUUGGUCAAUGAGCUCUUCAGGAUUGUAGAGUGUCCAGAAAACCAGCAGCUCUGUGAGAAGUGUCUACCCCAAGAGUGGUUAAUGUCAGCACUGGAGGAUGAUGGGAAUGACUACAUCAGUCAGGAUACCUACCUGAAGAUAUCCACCAUGCUCCUUUUUUAUAUCAUCAACAUGAGACAGAUUUGUUCAUCCAAUGCCUCAUCCUUGUCAACCUCCUUCUUUUCACCUCUACAUCAAGAUUUCUCGUACUGUCUUCGAGCUCUGACUUCACUCCAUUCAUCAGAAGAUGGACAUUUUCUCUCAACUAAUGAGACAGAGAGCAUCCUGGAAAUCAUUAACCAACACUACCAACCACAAGAAAGGCCUGCCUUAAAACACAUACAGUGUAUUGAUGCUGCUCACCUGAUGGAGGAAGUGGGUGUGACUGACAACAGAGGUGUCGCUUCAUCUUCCGUUCCUCUACUGGCUGCGGCUAUUGUUGAUCACUUGCGCCAUGGCCAUUGUGUAAGGAGACGAGAUCUCCCCUCACCUGCUUUCUUCAUAGAUUACAUCUUCCAGUCUCUCAAUCGGACCAGUGAUCUCCAUGUCAUAGAUCUGCAACAGCUAUUACACCAACUUGGUAUUGGUGGAGCUGCCUUUAUCAAAACGCAAGGCAGAAGAAUGAGGAGCACAACAGGACAAUCCACCAAUACAUAUGAUCAGGAAUUACUCAGAGAAACCACAGACUGGACACAGAUGUGCUUUUCAGCUAGCCAGCUGUUGGACAUCUUUGUCCUUGAUCCUUUCUCACCGGUCUCCAGAGAUCAUUUCACAAACAUUUGUCCUGCCAUCAUUCAGCAGUUGCUUGGUAAAGCCUGUAACCCUACAAAAUCAAUAGCCAAAAACUCAACACCAAGUAGCAUUGAGAAGUAUGGCUACAGCUCAGCUGCUGUGUUACUGAUCACUGUGAGUUCGAUGAUGGGGAUUUGCCUGAUCUUCUUUAGCUCAUGUCAGAAGACUUACAGUCUCAUCCUGCAGCUGUUUGUUGGUCUUGCCGUGGGCACAUUGUCAGGAGACGCACUGCUCCAUCUAAUACCAGAGAUCCUUGGCCUUCAUGAUGGCAGCCAGAAUGAUGACUCUAACCUCGUGGAACAAAAAGAAUACCUGUGGAAGAUCAUGGGCAUUAUCGCUGGGAUCUAUGGCUUUUUUCUUAUUGAGAGAAUUUUCUCAUUUGUAAUGUCAUCUCACGGGCAUAGUCACUCACACGGCUUGUCUGUUGAGUUGAACUGUAAUGGAGAUGGCCAGAGUGGAAAAUCAGUGUCUACCAUGCAACUGAAAACUUUAGAGGAGGCAGAGUGUACAGAAAUACAACCAGUGGAGGACAGCAUCGACCCUACUCAGAAAGAGAAACGAGGAAUUCCACUGCUGGCUGUAAUGGUGAUAGUGGGUGACAGCCUCCAUAAUUUUGCAGAUGGUUUGGUGGUGGGAGCAGCUUUCUCCAACUCUGUCGAAACUGGCAUGGCAACAACGGUUGCUAUUCUAUGCCAUGAGAUUCCCCAUGAAAUGGGUGAUUUUGCAGUGUUGCUGAAUUCUGGUCUGUCGGUGAAACGAGCUGUGCUCAUGAACUUUGUCAGUGCCCUCACAGCCUUUGUGGGACUCUACAUCGGCCUCUUUGUCUCCUCAGAAACAGAAGUUCAGCAGUGGAUCUUUACUGUUACGGCUGGGAUAUUUCUAUAUCUGUCCCUGGUAGAGAUGAUGCCUGAGAUGAGUAAAGUUCACACUGCACAUCCAAUUCUUCAGUUUAUUCUGCAGAAUAUUGGCCUACUUGUGGGCUGGGCGUGUUUACUGCUUCUAGCACUUUUUGAACACAAACUCACUUUUUAACACACAAAUACACACGUGCAUACAUAUCUACGGAAGUCCUAAGAGGCCAUGCAUUAUUAUAUUUUUUUAUACUGACUUAAUUUUUCUCCUUAUCUUGACAUAACAAAAGUUAAAAAAAAGUCAUUUUUUAAUGGCUUCUUAGGACGUCCGUACAUAUCUCAUAAAACAGCAUCAAAGAAUUUAAUAUUGUUUUUUUAAAGCAAUGUCUUAGCCCUAUCCCAAAAUAUGCUGAAAACAACUGUAUAAUUAAGUAGUGUUAUUUUUUCCACACUGCUAAUCU